AUGGAUACCACGGGCUCAGCACAGCAAGACUGGCCCAAUGAACGGAUCAAGAUCCUCGUUCCAGCAUGGACUCUUAUGAUUAUCAGUACAGCUUUCCUUGUAUGGAGAGUUGUGUAUGGGUUCAUACAUGGACGCAAGUUCAUGAUAUGCGAUCACCUGUUGAUCAUUGCCACUCUUCUUAACAUCAGCGCGACUGGCAUCAACCAAGUCGUCAUCGAUGCUGGCCUGGGACGACACUUCUUGGACCCGUCGGUCGAUGUUAUGCGCUACUCUUACUACCUUUGGAUCACACAAAUCGUCAACAUCAUCGGUGUCGCGGUUCUGAAGUGGUCGAUUUGCGCAUGGCUGUUGGUGCUCAACUUCUCCAAGAUAUACCAGGCCAUCGUAUGGUUUUCGAUUGCGCUGGUUACUGCCUUCAACUUUCUUGCGCCAGUGUUGACGCUGUUUGGUUGCGCGCCCCUCGAAGCAAACUGGAACUAUGGAUAUCAACCUAGACACUGCUGGGCUAAAGGCACGCUGUGGCUCUCAUAUACACAGGGCAUCUGCAACAUUCUGACUGAUGUAAUUUACAUGGCCGCACCGCUUAUCUAUCUGUCUCAAGUACAGCUGUCGCGGAAGACGCAAUGGGGUAUUCGCAUCGUAUUCUUGUUAAGCAUUCCUGCUACGAUCUGCUCUAUUUUCAAGACCAUCGAGCUGAAGACCAUCACUGAGACCAGGGACCCAACCUGGUCAGGAGUCAACCUCGGAAUCUGGAGUUCAGCUGAGCUGUCCAUCGGUAUCCUUAUUGCAUCUCUGCCGCCACUACGCAAGGCAUUCGACAAUCUCUUUCAAAAGAUCCUCCCCUCCACUCUCACACCCUCCAAGACACCAAACUCGCAAUAUGGAUACGGGCGCUCGACCAACGGCAACCACAUCAGACUAGACACGUACGAGAACAACAAGCGUUUGCACAAGAGCACGCACAAGAGCGUUCAUCCAGGCGAGUCAGCGCUCGACAGCGAUUCUGACAGCGAGCGCGCAAUUCUAGAGGAUGAAGAAAAUAAGAGUGUAGGCAUCAUGAAGACAACCAAAGUCACUGUUCUCGAAGGACCGAGGCAGAAGGUGUCGCAGGAGUCGCUGCGGAAGCAGAGCCACGACUGGGCGUCUCCGGAUAUCGAAAGUGGCAUUGCUUGUGCGAGGUGA